AGAAGGUUUCGUACCGAGGCCGGCGGGCUCCGUUUGAGUGGAGACCUGGCGAGGGCCGCAUCUCCUAGUGUCUCCGGCCAUGGGCCCGCGGAGCCGCGAGCGGCGGGCCGGGGCCGUGCAGAACACCAACGACAGCAGCGCCCUCAGCAAGAGCUCGCUGGCUGCGCACGGGUACGUGCAGGACGCCUAUGCGGCGCUGCUGGUUCCGGGGUGCGCGAGGCGCGCGCCGCUCGUCCACCGCGGCUACUACGUGCGCGCGUGCGCCGUGCAGCACUGCGUGCACGCCUUCCUGAAGUGGGCCGCCGCCUUCCCGGGCCUGACUCGCGCCCAGAUCCUGUCUCUGGGUGCGGGCUCGGACUCGUUGUAUUUUCGCCUCAAAAGUGCCGGCCUUCUGACCAGGGCGGCUGUCUGGGAGGUGGACUUCCCGGAAGUGGCGAGGCGCAAGGCGGAGAGGAUCCGAGAAACACCGGAGCUGUGCGCGGUGGCCGGGCCGGUGCAGACCCGUGGCUCCGCGUCGGUUGUGUGCUUGGAGGGUUCGGACUACCGCAUCCUGGGCUCGGACCUGCGGCAGCUCCAGCGACUGGAUGAGGCCCUGCAUGCCGCGGGCCUGGAGGCCACCUCCCCCACGCUGCUGCUGGCCGAGGCGGUGCUGAGCUACUUGGAGCCCGGCCACGCGGAGGCCCUCGUCGCCUGGGCAGCGCGGCGGUUUCCCAGUGCCGUGUUUGUGAUCUACGAGCAGAUGAAGCCGCUGGACGCUUUCGGACAAGUCAUGCUGCAGCAUUUCCGACGGCUGAAUUCGCCCCUGUAUGGCCUGGACCUCUUUCCCGACGUGGAGGCCCAGCGUCGCCGCUUCCUUCAAGCUGGCUGGACUGCUUGCAGUGCCCUGGACCUCAAUGAAUUCUAUCGCUGCUUUCUCCCCACGGAGGAGCGCCAACGGGUGCAAGCCCUGGAGCCCUUCGAUGAGUUUGAGGAGUGGCAUCUCAAGUGUGCCCACUAUUUCAUUCUGGCUGCUUCUAAGGGGGACCCUCUGGCCCAAACUCUGCUGUUUCCUCCCUCAAAGGCAUUUUUUCGGAUAGAUCCUGCUUCACCCCUGGGGGUCUUCCCAGCGAGAGUAGUCAGUAGAGACAGCUCGUGCUCAAACCUCAACAGAUAUGGCCACGCCUCUGUUCUCCUGAGCCCCGGCAUUAUUCUCAGUGCCGGAGGAUUUGGAGACCAAGAGGGUCGACACUGUCGAGUGAGCAAGUUUCACUUGCUGUCAAGACAUUGUGACUUGGAAUGGAAAGGCAGCCAAAUAUGUACUUUGGGGACUGGAGGGCAGUGGGAUGGACGCCUUUAUCACACCAUGACAAGACUUUCAGAUUCUCGGGUGCUGGUUCUGGGAGGGAGACUUUCCCCAGUAAGUCCAGCCUCGGGGGCUCUCGAACUGCAUUUAGAUAGAGGUGAGGAUAAUAGCCCCGAGGAGCUGAACGUGUCAGUAACAAAGGUGGCCUUGGAAGAAUCCGUGUUGUCUUGUUGGCGCCAUUCCACAACGGAAGUAUACUGUCAGAAUCAGAAAUACUUAUUUGUGUUUGGGGGCCGAAGUGUGAUGGAACCUGUGUUAAAUCACUGUCACUUCCUACAUGUAGGGACAAUGGCCUGGGUCACCGUCCCAGUGGAGGGGGAAACGCCUGAAGCUCGGCAUUCUCACAGUGCCUGCAGUUGGCAGGAGGGAGCCCUUAUUGCUGGAGGUCUUGGGGCUUCUGAGGAGCCCUUGAACUCUGCUUUCUUUCUCAGACCGAGCUCAUGUGGAUUCCUGUGGGAAUCAGUAGAUAUCAGGCCUCCCAUCACCCCGAGGUACUCCCACACAGCUCAUGUACUCAAUGGAAAGCUUCUGCUGGUUGGAGGGGUGUGGAUUCAUUCCUCCUCAGAUCCUGGAGUGACUGUUGUCGAUUUGACUUCAGGAUCAAGCUCUGAGUAUCAGAUUGACACAACAUAUGUGCCAUGGCCAUUGAUGUUACACAAUCAUACCAGCAUCCUCCUUCCUGAAGAGCAACAGCUCCUGCUUCUUGGAGGUGGGGGGAACUGCUUUUCCUUUGGCACUUAUUUCAACCCCCACACAGUGGAAUUAGAUCUUUCUUCCUUAAGUGCUGGACAAUAAAGUUUGGACUCUUGAUAUAUUCAAACCCAUUAAAAUUGAAUCUGGCUAUA